UUCGGGUCGGUGCAAAAUUUCAAAUAAAAUGGCAAAAGCAAACAUAAAACCGGAGCCGAAUAUAAAAAUUCAGUUGGGGCAAAAUAUUCCAUUCGUUAGAAAUUAGGGUUUUUGUUCAUUUCCUUGUUCGUCAUUGACUCAUUGUCAACGCUUGGUCCUCCCUUCAGCUCCGAACUCAGUCUCUUCUGUUUCCAUGAAGCUAUAGCAUUCUGGUUUUCUAUGCUCUGUUUUCCCUAGCCCCAAUUGAGAGACUCAAGGCUGGGGAGUCACGGAGCAGAACAAGUGAUGAGAUGCAAUGGUGGAAUUGUUGGGGAUGACAACUGCAAGAGCGUGGGUUUAGUUUUUGAUAGCAGCCACUAAUGCAAAAGAGCAGAAGGCAUCUCAUUGUAUUCCCUGUUCAGUACAAAUUUGGAUUGUAUGACCAAGUUGAAAAAAUUCCAUAGUAAACAGGAUGGAUCUAAUCCUGUGGCUGAGACUCUUGCAAAGUGGAAAGAGUUUAACGACCAUCUAGAAUCAUCCAAUGAUGGGAGUAAACCAACUCGCAAAGUUCCUGCCAAGGGGUCUAAGAAGGGAUGCAUGAAAGGUAAGGGAGGACCUGAGAAUUCUCGAUGUAACUACAGAGGUGUUAGGCAGAGGACAUGGGGCAAGUGGGUUGCUGAAAUCCGCUCACCAAAUAGGGGAAGUAGGCUCUGGCUAGGUACCUUUCCAACUGCAAUUGAAGCUGCUCUUGCCUACGAUGAAGCUGCAAGGGCCAUGUACGGUUCCUCUGCCCGUCUCAACUUUCCGAAGGUUACGAUCUCCAGUUACUCAACAAAUUCUUCUUGUAGAGCAACUCUAUCGGCUCCUUCCUGUGUAGUGACUUCUGCAGGUUCAGAAUCAUCAGGUCACUCUGAGGAUUUUUCGCCUCAGGAUAAGGUGAAUUCUCAUUCCCCUCACGUAGUGAACACUGAUGUCAUCGAUCUAAAUCAAAUGGAUCUAAAUCAUACUGAGGAGGAUGAAUGAAGAAUCAGUUAUUGGCCUUCUUGGGCAUAAAUGUAUAUGUUUAGUAUAUAUACUUGGGUGAUGGGGGGGGUUUAGUUGUUCUACAUGGCUGAUUAGCUAUAUGGUGGAGGGUAGAGUUUGCUUUUGUAUCUUUGAGAUGACUGGAGUUUUGGUAACUUAAGAUUAAGCAAUUUUCGUUUUCA